GUCAAGUGUGUGCUAGUGGCAAGUCCGGGUUUCUUAAAGGAUGAAUUCUUCGAAUACCUCUUCCAAGUGGCUGCACGCGAUUCCGAUAAGCACCGUGCGGUGCUGGAUAAUAAGAGUAAAUUCAUGUUGGUGCACUCUGCGUCGGGUCACAAAGGUGCCCUGAAAGAGGUACUUAAAGAUCCAGCGAUUAAAAGACAAAUCAUCAACACUAAGUCAUCUGCAGAGAUAUCCGCUCUAGAUGACUUCUAUGGUAUGCUAAAGACGAAUCCACAACGAGCCUUCUAUGGCGUGAACCACGUCGAGAGGGCGGUAGAAGCGUGUGCAGUGGAAACAUUACUUAUUUGUGACUCACUCUUUCGAUCAAACGAUUUGGCAGAACGGCGGAGGUACGUACAAAUAGUCGACUCGGUGAAGGAGAAUAUGGGCAAUGUGCGGAUAUUCUCUAGCAUGCACAUAUCUGGCGAAGAUCUGAAGAACUUGUCAGGAAUAGCGGCGAUUCUGCGUUUUCCCCUUCCGGAAUUGGAGGAAGGAGAUUUGGGAAUCGGAGUUGAUGAGGAUGGCGAAAUGGAAUUCGCCUAG